GGUUUCGUGUAUUGGGUGUGCGUGUGUUUAUAGGGGUAGUUAUCCCCCUGAAGCCGGAUUCCUUCUCUUUUUCCUUUCUGUUGACUCAAAUUGCCGUGCCAUUUACACCCGAAUACCGCGCGCCAACUCAAGAUACCAUUUCCACAAACCACGCUCAUUCACCCAAUCUCCCCAACCAAAAUGCAUCUCCCAAUCCUCACUCUCACCCUCACCCUCCUCCUCAACCACCUCAACCUCAGCGCCGCCAUCGCCGUCCCAGCCCCCAACCCCAACUCAGCUCUCGAAGCUAAAGAUCUUAUCCCGAAUACAGUUCUACGCCAGGUGGUUCCGCGUCAGGGCAUUCCGCUCCCGGAACCGCUGGAGGAUAUUGAUCCCCCGAGAGAUGAUGGGUUGGUUCCCUUUGCGGGAGGGGGACCGGUCGUGGGAAAGUGGGUUAAGCCGACUUUUACGCCCGGGCCAGAGGAUAACGUGCCGCCGUUUAGUAAUAGUGUGGACUUGAAGAAGAAGCGCGAUCUGGGACACACAAAAUCAAACGCGUUCUGUCCUUACCCCGGUACAGCAUACUGCUGCAAUCCUAACCCAGGAACCGGAGGCACACUCUGCAAAUGGAAUGGUGAUGGUCAUUUGGCGGGCUGUGAGUUGAUUACUGGCGGGGAGAGUGUUUGUUGUAGUACGCUUGGGUGUAAGGGUAUGAGUGGUUUGAGGGAACCGAUUACUACGGUUUAGGUUGCGGUGGGAUGGGGGUUAGGGGAGAAAGGAGUGGAUUGGAAGAUGAAGAGAGGGUGUUGGGGAUGGAGGUGCAAGAUCGAUGGUCAUGGUGUGGGGUUGGGAUCAAGGAGGCACGAUGUAUCUUGGUGCGCUGGAAGUGUAUGAGUUUGCCUCUUGGGACGAUGGUUAGGGUUGAGGAUCUAAAUUGAAAGGUCACGUCAUGUUGUUAUUUUCUCUCUUUAAAAAGUUCUGUGGUUUGGAGAUUGGGAUUUCGGUGUGCACCGUUAAACAACUCGCAAUCUUUUCGUUGGAAUGAAACUUUUGGACA